UAAUACGGAGAAAAUGCAGUCGUCUCAGCUCUUCUCUUUCGUUCUUUCUUCUCUUGCCCUCACUUUCCAGGCUGCCUCUGCAUUAAUGCCAACCAGUGCCAGUGAAUACAGCCAACACAUCAGCCACAAGAGCCACUACAUACAGCCUUAUCAUGAAAAGCCCCGUAGCCUCAACAUUGAGGAUUUCCCACUCACAGUGCUGCCUACACGUUCACGUGCGCACUCACCGAUUGUUUUGAAGCUUCACCCAUCUGCAGGGAAACCAUCCCACUUACAUGCCAAUCUGCCGCUACGCUUUGGACGAACGACUGGAGUGUUGCUUCGGAAGGAACCACAAAUAUCACCAAAAUCCUCCCUCAACCUCCCGCAACGGUUCGGCCGGUCUGAGGUGUGCAGCAAGUGCAGACGCUCUGGAACUCCGCCGUCCGCCACGCUGCCUCAAAGAUUCGGAAGAAGAAAUGUGCUAGACGCCAUUGGAUGGCUUCCUAUCCGCACUCUGUUCAUUCUUGCACCAGCGUCCAAGUCACCCCAAGACAAAAUACGGACUUCAUUUGAUGAUGGCAGUUCUGAAUGGACAGAGGACACUGCAGAAAAAAGGGACAGAAUAUUUAUGGAUUUUUGACAGAAAGGGGUCAACUAUUUGUCAUCUGGAAGACAUUGGAUGUCUCGGAGUUGGACAUUUAGAGAAAACUCUUUCUUGCCAUAGGUGAGGUUAUGUGUUGUCAUUCAUUUCUAAGUUUGAAAUAAAAGGCUUUGCUCAUUGGAA